CUUGUCAAAGUGGAAAAGCAACACACACAGACGAGGCGCUCCUUUUCAGCGGUCAAUCAACAAUCUUAAUUGUCCAACAUUGGGAGGCAGUUGGGCCAACGUUCUGGAUGCAGGCGUGCCCGCAUGAGCUGCCCAUGGUGGUCGCGCCUAGGUAGUACCUGAUAAGCGAUGGAGGCAGCCGUUUGUAGGACAGGGUCCUGGGGACAAUGCCCCCGAGGGACUGCGGCAUGCAGACCAGUGCGCAGUGGCCAUCAUCAGCAGCCAAGGACAGCGACACAUCAUUGGGCUGCCCCCUCCCUCCGGCAUCCCCCCUCCCGAGCUUGCCACUCUUGCCCCCCAUUGGCAAACAGCGCCGCUCUCAUCUUUGGUGCCGCGCAGCGCCACCUCAGCAGAGCCCCAGCCACGUCAGCGCCAGGGCAGCGGCCUCGGGAAGCGGUGCGGGCAGCGGUUAGCGAGGCAGAGGCGGACUACAAGGUGUUUAUGCGCGAGCUGACGCGCAAGGAGGGCCAGAUUGAGCGGCCGGAUGGGUUGGUCCGCGCGGAGGGGGGCCCCAAGGUGGUGGACAUCAUGGCCAUGAGCGACCCCAGCUUCGGGCCCGCGCUGCCGGAGGAGCAGGUGCCGGACCCGCUGGCCAUGCCGCACCCCACGCUCUUCCAGCUGCUGCGCGACGCACGCGACGGCAAGGUGGCCGAGUUUGUGUUCCAGAAGCAGGAGCCGGACUACCAGGUGGUCAGGAUGAAGGACGGCUCCUACGUGUCGUGCCACCUCGUCCCUUGGUUCAUGGGCAGCGUGCAGGCGCUCAAGGACUUCAACUUCGAGCAGCAGAUCCGCAAGCGCAACGUCACGUGCACCGUCAGAGAGGAGAAGGUGUUUGACUUCACGGAUCAGGAGAAGAAGACGGCUUGGGAGGAGACCUGGCUACCCAUCCAGGGCCUGCUGUCGGCGUUUGGCAGCAUUGCGUUUCUGACCUUCUUCCUGGCUUGGUGCUACCGGGCAAGGGUCGGGGAGAACCGGGCAGAAGUGGAAAAGGAGGCUUUGGAGAGCAGUCCCGAGUACUUUCUGCGGCUGGGGCGGUCCCGCCAGGACGCGCGCAAGGAGACCAUCUCGGACAUCAAGUUCAAGGACGUGCAGGGCAUCUCCGAGAUCGUGGACGAGCUGGCGGAGAUUGUGCAGUACCUCAAGAGUCCCGGCCAGUUCGAUGGCGUCGGCGCCCGGCCUCCUCACGGUGUCCUGCUGUACGGACCGCCGGGUACCGGCAAAACGUUGAUCGCCAAGGCCCUGGCCGGCGAGGCGGGCGUGCCGUUCUACUCGAUGGGCGGGAGCGAGUUCUCGGAGUCCCAUAUCGGGGUGGGUGCCGCGCGUGUGCGCGACCUCUUCCUGCGAGCCAAGGCGGAGGCGCCCGCCAUCAUCUUUAUCGACGAGCUGGACGGCCUUGGCGCAGCGCGGCAGCGCGGAGGGCGGGGCGGCGGCGGCGUGGAGGGGAGCAUCAGCUCGGGGACGCAGGAGCGCGAGAUGACGCUGAACCAGCUGCUCACGCAACUCGACGGCUUCGACGCGUCCGAGGGGAUCAUCUUCAUCGGGGCCACCAAUCGAAUAGACAAGCUCGACUCCGCCCUCAUGCGACCGGGCCGGCUCGACCGCAAGAUCAACGUGCGACCGGCUGACACGGAUGGCCGGGCGCAAAUUCUGCGAAUGCACGCGUCGUACAAAAAGUUUGACUGGGACAACAUCGAUAUUGACUUCUACGCCAGGGCGCUGCCAGGGGCCUCGGGGGCUGAUCUGGCGAACCUGCUGAACGAGGCGGCCAUCAUGGCGGUCCGGCGGAACGGCACCCAGAUCGAGCUCUUCGACAUGAACAAGGCGCUGGACCGCAUGAUCGCGGGCAUCAAGCGCGGGGUGAUCCCGAACGCGGCGCCGUACAAGCGGCAGAUCGCCAUCCACGAGCUGGGCACGGCCAUGUACCCCAUGAUCCUCAAGGCCAACAAGUGUCUCCUCAUCGACGAGGUCAACCGCGUGUCGCUCGAGCACCGCGGCAACGACCUUUCUCGAACAAUCAUGGAGCGCGAGAAUGUGACCGACAAGGCGCAUGAGCGGAAGCCGAAGCUGAUGCAGCGAAUGAGGCUGUUCCUGGCAGGCCGCGCUGCGGAGGAGGUGUUUUAUGGGCGCGACGUGACCGAGUAUAAGCCCAUGGACCUGAUGGACGCCACAGCGCUCGCGCGCAAGAUCAUCGUCCAGUGGGCGAUGGAGGACCGCAUCCCCGUGGGCGCGGAGCCGAGCGCGUUUGUGCGGCAGAACCAGUUUAAGAACCAGAAUCCGUACGUGGGCCCGUCGCGCGACUUCGAGAACGGGCUGUACAACGACUUCCAGCUGGGGUACGACCACCCGCGCAGCCAGUGGACCAAGGACGACCUCGACCGGCGCACCGUCGAGAUGGUCAACAAGGCGCGCCUCGAGGUCUACCGCGUGCUCAAGGGCUACAAGGGCGCGCUCUACCAGGCCUCCGAGGCCCUCCUUGAGCGCGAAGAGUUGAAUAAGUACGAAAUAGAAGCCAUCAUUGCGGCCAACCCUCCCGACCAGCCGUGGGAAGAGCUGACGGCCGGGGAGCCGUACGAGCUGUGGGACCGCGACUGGCAGAACAGCCCGUAUCUAAUCAAGUACGGGGCGUUCGACCUGACGAGCGACCUGGUGCCGGAGUAUGUACGACCACUGCCAAAACUACCGCCAAACGAACAGAGGCUUCUCGACGAAACCCGUGAAGAGACGAGUAUAAUGACUCAAUAACGCCGUGGGAAGUCGGUUGUCCUGUUCAGUUGCCCCAUGUACUGUCUUCAAGCUUUACGGCCGACACCUCGUAACAAAGAGAAGAGGUCUUGGAAUCUUGCCAAGAACAUGAAAUAUAUCCUCUCGAAGUUUGUCUUCAGCAAAGGUCUAACACAACAUUUUCGAUCGAAUGAGGUGAUAAAAGUGAGGCGGGCGAUCCGAUGAUUUGUAGACUUCUGCCUUGCAGCAUGCAUUCCAUCCUACUUUUAUCUCUUGC